AAGCCAUCCCACACCACGACACACCGCAACGCCAUCAAUCACAGGCCAUUACAGCCCAGAGAACUGAUACUCUAGGCCGCAACCAUGAUCCUCCGGCCAACCCCUCGAUUCGUCGCGAACACUACCUAUACAUACACGUCUCUACGGAAACUCCACCAUCGUAUCCCGCUUCGCCCUAUUCCCGCUCCAACGCCUUUCGUCCCAGAUGCGCCAACAUUUCUUUCCCUGAUCGGCCGCAAGCUCGCCGUACACGCCGGCAAGAUCCCGUCGUGGGAGGCCCUCUUCACACUAUCAUCCUCACAACUACGCGAACUCGGCGUCGAACCCGCUCGUAGUCGCCGUUACCUUCUGCAAUGGCGCGAGAAGUUCCGUAAUGGCGAGUACGGCAUUGGCGGGGAUGCGAAAUACGUAUCCGACGGCGCGGCAGAGCUACGGCUCGUUGAAGCACCUAUCGAAUCCAAAUCCAGAAUAGUCAAGGUUGCGACGGCCACGCAUACUCCGGGGACGCUGAAGAUGGUGGUCAACGUGCCCGCAGGAACGACAGACCCUUUGAAGGCUGGAGUCCCACUGAAACGGCUAGAAGGCAUACGUGUAGUCGGAGCGAAGACAAUACAGGGGCCGCACUUGGAAAUCAUGAAGGGCACUCAAGGGUUGGGUGCAAAGUUAAGAGCAAAGGAGGGGAUUUGGGAGGUUAAGAGGGGACGGAAAAUCGAUGGAGGUGAAAGACGACAAGCGGAAGUUAGGUUCAAGAGGAGAAGCGAGGAGAACAAGGCGAAGAAAAGGUAGAGCAGUAGACUUUACUGCCGAGUGUAUUCUAUUGUGUAUGAAAUGCGCAUGGUAAAGUCCAAGGUUUGGCAUUCGGAGUCGAACCAGAAAGAAAACUGUGGCAUAGAAGCUCGCAUUUGCUUCUGUAUAUUUGUACAAAAAUCAAAGUUGACAUCCCACAACCCUCUCAUACUCCUCUUUCGAUUUCCAUUUCUGCUGCACUAUCCUUCUUCGUCACUUUCAGCGGUCUAGUUCCCACAGCCUCCAAUAAGUUUGGUGACGAUCAGUCACAUAAUAGUCAAUGGCGCAAGAGCAAUGCUUUCUUCCGAAUCACAGUGUGGAAUAUUCUAUACUUGCCAGAUACUAUUCACUUUAAGUAGUAGACUACAAGGAUU